AUGCACGUCGACCUCGCCCCUGAACCCCGCCAUAAUCUCCACCCGCACACCCCACUCCCCUACACCGGUUCCCCCCUCCUCCUUUGCCUCUCCGACCUCCGCCUCUUCCUCGCCCUCACAUCAACCCUCUCGGGCAUCUUGACGCCGCUCACACAAUGGCGCGCCGGCGCGUUGGAUGAGCUGUAUCCCUCGUUGCCAAAUCUUUAUUCUCUUUUCCUCCAUGCGUUCCUUUUACUCUUCCAAUCAAUAUUCCUGCUGAGUCUGCCGUUCUUAAUCGCACUACCCAUAUGGGUUGUAGGCGUGUAUUUCGCUGGGGUGUACAGCGUCACGCUCGCCGUAGCUUUCCUGCUGAACGGGAGCGAGGAUGUGCUACACAGCCGCGUGGAUCUAGGCGAAGAAGGGGACAGACAUGGGGGCGAGUGCUGGAUCUACCUCAACGGCGUGUCGGUGGGACGGCACUGGCUGCAGUCUAACCUCGAUCUUUUGGCGAUGACGUUUCGCCGGCCUGUUACCGGCGUGCAUAACAGGACGUAUGGGAUCGUGUUCGACCUCCUGCAGUGCAUCCUCGAGCGCGACUUCCUCUACGCCACAACCGACAUCCGGCGCUCCUACGUGACCAUCAAAGCCUCUCUGCUCGAUCCCAGCAAUGAAAAGGUUAUUUUGAUCCUGCACAGCCAGGGCGGCAUCGAAGGAGGCAUGAUCCUAGACUGGCUGCUGGGCGAACUGCCCCGCGACGUCCUCCGAAAACUCGAAAUCUACACCUUCGGCUCCGCUGCCAAUCACUUCAACAACCCCCUCCCCUAUCCUAUACAUGUGGAACACUUCGCCCACACGCGCGACUUCGUCGCCUGCUGGGGCGUCCUGCACUUCUCCUCUCCUUCUUUUCCGAACCGGUAUGCCGGAAAAGUCUUUGUGUGCGAGGGCGAGGGACAUCUGUUGAAUAUGCAUUACUUGGGGUCUUUGUUUCCGAUCACCGAGCAAGGGAAGGUGGAUGAGGGGAUGGGGUGGGAGGGGGCGAGUCGAUUGUGGGGGUAUCGGGAUGGGAGGGUGCCGGGUGGGGAUGUCAAGCAGCCGUGA